AUGCGCUAAAAGAGCUCUGUUUACCAACAAACGAAAAUCGGCGCUAAAACGGCUGUGAAAAGCAGAUGCGUUUUGUUUAGUUAAGUUUAUUGGCAAUGAAUUACUUUCCAAAUUAUUAUUCAAUCGAGGACAUAUUCGUGACACAGGAGAAAGUCGAGUGCAAGGUCAAUACACGUCUACAGCGCAUGGGUUUUCUGGAUGCCGGCUCAGAGACGGAACAUUUGGAGCCCGGACGCAACAUUCUUCUGCCGCUGUGGUACAUCAAGGAGCUAAAAGUGAAUAAUGCCUACUUUACGAUAGCCGUGCCCGAAAUUUACAAGAACGUUCACAAGGCCGUCUGCGAGGCGGAGACGACACACAUCGAGCUGGGGCGGCUGCAUCCGUAUUUCUAUGAGUUUGGUCGCUAUCUAACGCCUUACGAUCGCAACCAUGUCAUUGGACGCAUCAUAUUCGAGACACUGCGCCAGCGUGUACGACAUCUGCUCGAUAUAUCAAAGAACGAUGCGGGUAACAGCAAACCGGAGCAUCGACUGGACAACAUUGAAAGCAAGCUGCACGAGGCGGGCGUUCGUACAAAUACCCUGUACAUCAACUGGCUGCAAAUGAGCGGCAACAACAUACGCAUCUCGGAGCUCGUGGAGGAGCAUCAAAAAAAGCGGAAACGCGCCGAACGUAGCGAUGAUGAAGGCGGCGCCGGGGAGGAUUCGCCGAGUCGAAAGAAACGAAGUACAAUGUGAACAAGACAAUGAACGGAGACAUUAAACAAUACUUUAUUUGAUGCUCUCAUUUAAAAUAAAUGUAAAACAAUUUUA